AUGGAUGAUAUAUACGAGUAUCAAGCUCAUGCCUCGUUGGACAUUGAACUAGCUGGCACGUUGGUCUGUGGCGUGGAAGAUGCACAUAAGCCCAACAAGUGUAGACAGUGGCUGGCCCCUCUUCAAUUGUCCAAAAAGCUUUUCACCGUCGGUAUUACAUCCGAGAUGGCACACUUUUCUGUUGGUAUCAUCGCUUCCGGCAUGAAUUCGGAUUCAGACAUCAAUACCAACUCAUCAGAAGCCAUGUCGUGGGAUGCAGAAAAGAUGUAUUCUUUGGGUGAAUCUCUGGCUCUGAGAAAUUCGGCUGGUAGCCAAUAUUUUGAGCCCCAGUCAGCCGGGUACAGACCAUGGCCCCCAAUUCGAAUUGGGCUACCAUAUGAGCUUCGCGGAUCGACUAUUACCUGGCUUUUACGUGACGGUAUAGAUCUCCUAAACAUACUAGAUACUGAAAUGUUGGAAGGUGACGCAGGUGGUGAUCCUUUGCCUUCGCGUCGUGUCUUCUGCUUGGGUAUAGAUAGGAGCCAGGGUGGCACCCGCCGGAUGUGCACAGUGCACAUGACAAGAGAGAUGUGGGAGGCGUCUGAUCCUACUAUCACCAGGAUUGAGCUAUCCUAA